AUGGAACCGCUAGCAUUGAAACCUUGUAUGACUUACAAUGAUUUGUUGAAGAAAGUUUAUACUAUAAUUGGUUCAAAGCCAACAAGUGUUGAAGUGAACAUCAAAAUGAGGUUUGAAAGUGUUAGCGGGAUUCAAAUCUUACCUGUUUUGAAUGACGACCAUUUGGAGGUUUUGAGGGGUGUCGUUACAAUGAGGUCUCUUCCUACUGAUUUGUAUGUGGAAACGGUGCCUGUAUGUACUCAACAACCAACAUUUCUUCCAUCAUACAAUGCAAGCUCUCUACAAAUGCCCGCAUAUAACAUUCCAUCAUCUGAAUAUGGAAUGGGUUCUUUCAGUAGAAUGUUACACGACGAUCAAUUUGACAUUCCAUUCAGUUCACAAUUUACGGCGUCGGGGUCAAUGCAGCAACCUAGUCCAUCUACCUCAAACAAUGACAUUUCAUCAUCGAUGCAGUUGCAAAGUUACUCUCCCACGCAAGAACAUAUUGAAACACCACCGUUUCAGACUUUGGUGAAUGUUGAACUUGUUUUAUGGGCUUGGGAGCACAUCCACGUUGGUAGGCCAGCUAUGCCUGCUAGGCGUCGACGCGAGGAGGAGGAGGAAGACGAUCAGGAGCAUGCAUAUGAGGCGCCGCCACACCCACCACCGGACUUAGCAUACGGUUGCCGGUGGCUAGGACGGAGACUUACUCGUGUGCAUGCAGCAAGGGGUCUGCCGUAUUAUAGAGAUGGAUUCGACAGACUGAGCGAGUCUCAGAUGACGUGGGAUCCGUACGUCCCUCACUUAGUCGAUGCCAUGCCCCAAUAUCUUCUUGAUCACCAGAUGGAGUGGCGUGCCAUGACAGUGCUCAUCUGUUUUGAGUUGGUGGAGGCUCACCUCCCCGACAGAGUCAUGCGACAGUUCGGCCUUUGUCAAGCCAUCCCCGCCCCGUGUGACACGAGUGUCCAGUUGCACAGGACAGACCGACGAGGAAAGGGGGAGGUUAAUUGGGCAGUUCAGCAUGCCCCUUACAUUGACAUGUGGGACCAGCGGCUGCAGCACGUCGCGGAUGGUGCGUCUGUCCAAGGCCUGAUGGAGUAUCACGAUCCAUACAUGGUAUGGUACAGGAGCAUUACCCGGCGCUUCAUCAACCCUAACUACACCCCACCCUCAACGCAUUACCACCCAGCUUUUGGAGACAUCAGUGGAUAUGCGUCUGAUAUGCUUGCUAUACAUGAUGCACUAGAAGUCUUGAGCAUAUCAUAUCCCACCAUACCGCAGUUGGAUGACAUUCACGCAAUGACUGUGAGUAGCUUACAGAGACAUGGUCAUGGCCAUCUUAUCCCCCAGGGCCGGGACCAAUCACACCGCCGUUCACACCGUGAGGUAGGCAGCAGUAGUAGGGGACAGACUCACACGUCCCCUACAGGGUCCCCCCUGUUUUUUGAUGAUCAGGAAGAUAUCGCCAUCCACAUGUCUGCGCCAUACUCAUCUCAGGAAGGACCAUCUUCCAGCCAACAGACUCCUCCCCAGACCUCUGCCCCAGAUCCUUUCACAACGGUAUCUCAGUACUACCGUCGUAGAAGACCGCGAUUGGAUAGACAACACUUACAUACAAUAGAUGAAUCGGGAUCUUAG